AUGUACCAAAAUUUCUCUAAAGAAGAGCUCAAGCAGCUAGUUCGAGCCUUGAACGAGAGCGGUGAAUUGGAGCAGCUGCUGCACGAAGCAUCCGCUUCCACUUCGACCGACACAGCGCAAGGAUCGAUGAAUGACAGCUCAAAACGCAGAUUGACGAGUUCUGUGGUGUCUGCGAAGGAAGAGCUGGAUCAGUUUGAGGUGAUUGCUUUGACUCAAAGUGUGACUCCGACCCCAAAGAAGAUGAGUCAAGCACCGGUGCUUCCACGUCAGGUCGGCUACUCUUCUCAUGCUGGAACAGAGAUCCGCCUGCCUGAAGGUCUUCAGUCACUGAAGCAGUGGGGCUCCACCAUUUGUGAGCUACCAAACGUAGCCAAACGUGACAUGACAUACGAUAUGAUGGUCACAGAAGCUGACUCGUGUAAAGAAAUGAGGGAUUACUUGACAUGGGUCACCAACAGCGGAGUCAAAUCCUCGAAGAUGGAUGACAUCCGUGCAUAUUUGAAGGCAGUCCAGUAUAGCCCCGGAAUUUCCAAGUUCGGAGUGACGUAUCCAGGCUCGAAGGAAGCCC